AUGGCCCUUAAAGCCAUUAUUACAAGUUACAUAGAUUAUGGUCUAAAUCGGCAAUUUAUGUAUAAAAUAAAAAUCAAUAAUACCAAGUUCGAGACAUAUGUUGCUAUUCAUCCCAUUGCCGAACAAGCUAUCAAAAAUUCUCAUAGUAGUGAUCAGCAUUUCAAAAAUGAACUGGAAAGAGUUGCAUCAACUAUUUUUGAGGGCAGCUAUUCAAAUGAUGUUAAAGGAAGGCUUGCGGAAACAUACAUUACAACGAUUUUAGAGAUUGAUAAACGAGUGCAAUUCAAGAUCACGGGUAAACAAAAAACUCAAAACCCUGUGUAUAAUUUAAAAAGACAAUUACAAACUGUCGUUAAAUUUCUUGGUAACAGUUUACCAUUCGAGAAUGUUGAUCUCAGUAAAACUACAUUUUUCCUUCCGUUAUCCCCUAAUUAUCCAGGUGUGAAUUUUCUUAUCUGGGAUCAUGAAAAGAAACUACUAUUUGCUUUUCAGAUUACUAUCGGUAAUCUUAAAGACCAUUAUGAAAGCAGAAAUAAAUUUACGGCAAAUCGAAGUGAUUCUUUGGUAAAUAAAUGGGCAGAAUUGUGUAAAAUAAAAAAAAUUAAGGUUAUAUUUGUUUGGUUUGCACCUGAAAAUUUUCGUGAUAGGGAUAAUGAAAAAGAUUCUUUAUAUUUCUUUAAUACAUUACUGACUUUUAUUAUGUCUCAAGUGGAAGAUAUGGAUUCACGAAUAGAUGUACUUCAAAAAUCUCUUGAAACUUUAAUGCAACAGGCUGCUACCGAUAAUAUUAUAGUUGAUGACCUGAAGAAGUAG